AUGACUUCUCUAACUUGUUUGUCUCUCACAGCAAGCUUUGCAUCUAGCGUGCCGCACGUGCCUUGUCCCUUCAUGGAUCCCGCUCAGGAGGAAAAGAUUCUGGCCUCAGAACACGGUGACUACCUAUCUGCUGGAAAAUACACAGAUUUCACGAUCAAAUGCGGAAGCCUUGAAAAAAAGGUUCAUAAGCUAAUCCUUGGCUCAAAAUCGCCUUUCUUUGCCAAACUGUUUGAACACCACUGGAAGGAAGCUGAGACCAAUGUGGUCAGCUUGGACGAAGACGACCCAGCCGUGGUAGAGCUGUUCCUACAAUAUCUAUACAACCAAGAAUACGAGCCAAUCAAGCAAGUGGUCAAUAUAGCAGGUGCAGAUAAUGUAUACUAUUAA